AUGCCAAGGAUACUGUACUCCAUCACUGGCACACCUUUUGGCUACAACAGUCAGCUUUCACUGGGAUGGGAAGACUUAGAGGAAGAGAUGGUUGUGGGUGAACAUCAGCCAUCUUGUUUUGGCCUGCAUCUAAAGCCCACAUCUAAGUCUAGGUCAAAAGACCAAGAGGCCUACAAACCUUUUUUCCCCUGGAAAUCUGUUUUGCCAAAGCAUGGCGUCUCCAAACUUAUUUUCCAGGUGGUGGCUUCCACUGAGAAACGUACUGGUAUUUCCCUGCAAGCUCUUAAGAAGAGUGUUGUGGCUACAGGCUAUGACCUCGAGAAGCAGAAGAAUUACUUCAAGAGGGUCUUGAAGGCCUUGGUUACGAAGGGUGUGUUGAGAAAGUUGACCGGGUGUGGACUUACAGGCUCCUAUGCAAUAAGCAAGAUGAUGUUGAAGGUGCUGAAGAGAAGGAAGAGGAAAAGGGGGAGGAGAAGGAGAAGGAGGAGGAGAAUAAAGGCAAUGUCUGCUCUCAAAAAAAAGAGGGCCUCCCAGAGGAGGAAGAGGAGGUUGACGAGAAAGAAGACCAAGCCUAGGAAAUCUGAUCCAUCUGACUUGUGUAGUCCUAUGUCAAUGACAUGAGAUUUCCAUAGCUGA